ACGAACUUGUUUAGUGUCUGUCUGACCUGUUUGUCUGUGUGUGUACCUGUGUGUCCUCUACUUUACGUGUACACGAAACACACAUUGACACACACACGUACAUACACUUGCACAUGCACACACUAAACAAACGGACGAAGGCGACCAGGAUCUCGGCGCUUGUCUUAUGCCAUCCUUCCAUCCCGUUUGCUUGCCCAUCUCCAAACUCCCACCAUUUUUUCUGUCGUCUGUCAAGUCAAGGGUCUCCAGUCCCUUGCCGUUCUGUCCCACCUGAAAUACACAUGCAGACAUAAAAAAAAAGAAAAAAGAAAAGUCACCACAUGUUCAUGUGUACCAUCCUCAGAACCCAUCUUUAUUAUCUGUUUUGGGCCUGACUGGAUAACACCACACCCAUGAAGUAAAAGCGUUUGAUGUUGGUGCAGCGUGAAAGCAGUUUGUUCAUUAAUUCAGCAGACCUCUAUGAGACGAAACAAGGCUCGACUUCUUAUUUACUGGUGCAGUCAUUUACUCCGAGACACAGAAAUCUGCUUUGUUAUAAUUAUUUUGUAAUCACUCACAAUAAAUUAAGCACACUUGGGAAUGUUCAUGGUUGAACCGAUUUCCAUGUUUACGUCGUAACGUCCCAUUUGGAAUAAUGGAAAUAGGGAUGUCAAAAUCAUAUGGUACGUGCUAAUCGGACUUUCUGUUAGCACUAACCCUCAGUGAUUUAGAUGCUUAAGGUGGUUAAACAUCAGGUUUGUCUCUGCUUGGCGUGUUUUUCUUUAAAAUAGCAAGAAUCUAUCAAAAAUCUCGAGUAGGAAACAUCGUCAGAAUUUACAUGUUAACAUUAGACUUAUUUCCUGAUAUCAUCACCUCCCCUUUGGAAAUGAUUUGAAGUUCAUCACUGCCCACUGGAUUUUUAUUUUACACCUUCCUCCUUCCUUUUUUCACUGGCUUUAUUUUUUUUCCCCUGGACCACAUCGUAGAUCCUUAUUUAUCGAGUGUUUAAUUUUCAUGUGUCACUCUUUCGUCUUUAUUUUCUCUCACUCCUACAUCUCGGCCAGUCUACCACCUGAGGGACGAACAUCUCGCACAUCUCUGGCCUCGUCAAUUUCGGUCUCUCUUUCUCACCCUCACUCCUCGCACCAUCUCUUUCGUUCUUUCGCUCACAGCUGAACCCCCCCACACACACUCCACCGUCCCCUCCCCUUCCCCUUCCCCAACCCCUCAGCCACCAGAAAUCAGCUGACACGCCAAAGCGCUGCACUCCCAGAUGGCACAGGAACAAACCCAUUAGAGAAUUAAAGGCAGCUUUCUGACUCAUUCACAAAUUCACUCAGUUGGAGAUCUCCAAGAACUUCUAUCCUUUCAAAAACUUUUAUGUUGUGUUGGUUUUACCGUGAACAUUAGUAAGUCGAUGUAACAUCUCAGCACAAGCCUGAGAAAACACACUCUAUAAUUUCUUGAAAUUAAUAAAACAGGGAGGGAAAAUAUAUCUAUCUCUAAAUGAUAGUCUUCAAAAUGGCACCUUAACGAAUUAUACUUCAAAUUCCAGGCAAAAAAAAAGAAAGAAAAGUGAAUUAUCCCUAUAGAGAGAAUGAUAAAAUUGUGAAGAUCCCUCCCUUUCAUCCAUUUCUUGCUUGUACGCCCACAUUUCUGUCCAUUUUCUGGUUUGCAAUUCGUUUUUUUUGCCAUUUUGGGCAUGUUCAAGCAUUACAAUCCAGUUGGAUUUACCCAAACAAGAUUCUCAUAUAGUCUAUCAUUGCAGCUCCUCCUUCCUACUUCACACUUUUCUUGAAUUUCAAGGACAUCGUUGGAAAGCCUAUGAUUUGGCUCUAUGGACAUGUCAGUGGAGAUCCUCUUGUGUUUCUUGUAUUUUCUCUGUCCCAUUUGUCCAUCAUCCAGAUAUCAGUGAGACACUGCAGAAAAGGUUGCAAUGUGAUGCAAUAAGAAGGCAGUGGAGGAUGCAGGUGGGGAUCUUCAAAGAGAUCUGACCGACAGCUCGAGACCUACACCGGUGAAGAUCUAAAUAUAUAUAUCUCUUCUUCUUCUUCAAAAAUAGUAUCUUUUAAGAUACAAAGAAAGAAGCCAAAAGGACAAAACUCACUGCAAACUUUCAUUUCUCGGCUCACUAGUAUCACCCCCCCCCACUUUUUCUCAAGAAGACGAUGCCACCAGAGACAUAAGCUCAGGAGUGCUAUCCAGGGCAUUUAGAUGCAUUUUUUGUAUGUGUAUUUUUACUAAACAAGACAGACAUUUGUAAUUCAGUAUUUUAUUUAUUGAUCUAGUUUAUGUGUUAGGCAGAGCAGUUAUUUUCCUGAUUGAUCAUUGGACUGGAUCUACAGUAAAGCCAAACCAAUCCAGGGUCCAUCCAGAACCUAUUUUUUUUUUUUUUUUUUUUUUUUUUUUUUUACACCAAUCCUUCCUUCCUUCCUGUGGUCCCCCUUGUGCUGCUUUAUCCAUUUGUCAUCCCUCCAUCUGAGGCUAUGAGAGGAAGAGAGGAGACCCAGCUCAAACCAUCAUGCCAGAGUUGAGCAGAGAGGAUGGCAGUUGGGCUGGCAAUGUUCAAGGGACUGCGUCUUCACUUCACUGCCAUGCUUGUCAGCCUCGGCCUCUUUCCCUCCUUCCGCCGUACCCUCUCCUCGCCCUCCGUCCUCCCUUCACCUUCCAGACUCUCUCUUCUGUCUUUUGUGCUUCUCCUGUCGCUGCUCCUCUUCCCAGCUUGCGAGUCGCGACGGGGCGGUGGAGGCAUGGCUGGGGGCGUGGCCACUGGCAACAUCAUUGGGCCUCCCCAUUACUCUCCACCAAAUCCGGUGGCAUCAGUGCCCAAGUUGGCUCAGGGCCUUAGCAUUGCCGUAGUGCUUGUGGGCAACUCGAGUGAGGUGGCGCUGGCUGAGGGCCUGGAAAAGGAGGACUUCCUGCAUGUACCGCUGGCACCCAAGCUCGACCUGGUCACCAUGAAUGAAACUGACCCAAAGAGCAUCAUCACGCGCAUAUGUGCGCUCAUGUCCCGCCACUGGCUCCAGGGCGUCGUGUUUGGAGAUGACACUGACCAUGAGGCCAUCGCCCAGAUCCUCGACUUCAUCUCAGCGCAGACCCACAUCCCCAUCCUGGGCAUCCGUGGAGGCUCCUCCAUGAUCAUGGCUGCCAAGGACGACAACUCCAUGUUCUUCCAGUUCGGGCCGUCUAUAGAGCAGCAGGCUUCCGUCAUGCUCAACAUCAUGGAGGAGUACGACUGGUACAUCUUCUCCAUCGUCACUACCUACUACCCCGGGUAUCAGGACUUCGUCAACAGGAUCCGGAGUACCAUAGAGAAUAGCUUUGUGGGCUGGGAGCUGGAGGAGGUGUUGCUGCUCGAUAUGUCAGUGGACGAUGGCGACUCGAAGAUUCAGAACCAGAUGAAGAAGCUCCAGAGCCCUGUUAUACUGCUCUACUGCACUAAAGAAGAAGCCACCACCAUUUUUGAGGUGGCGCAUUCUGUCGGCCUCACUGGAUACGGUUACACCUGGAUCGUACCAGCGCUGGUCGCGGGGGACGCCGACAACGUGCCCAAUGUCUUUCCUACAGGUCUGAUCUCGGUGUCUUAUGAUGAGUGGGACUAUGGACUGGAGGCGCGUGUGCGUGAUGCUGUGGCAAUCAUCGCCAUGGCAACCUCCACCAUGAUGCUGGACAGAGGUCCCCACACACUGUUGAAGUCAGGUUGCCACGGUGCGCCUGAAAAGAAAGGCCCGAAGGGGGGGAAUCCCAACGAAGUUCUGAGAUACCUCAUGAACGUGACAUUUGAGGGGCGCAAUCUCUCCUUCAGCGAGGAUGGCUACCAAAUGCACCCCAAGCUGGUUAUUAUUUUGCUGGAUAAGCAGAGACAGUGGGACAGGGUGGGUAAGUGGGAGAAUGGCUCACUGACCAUGAAGUACCACGUGUGGCCACGCUUUGAGCUCUAUUCAGACGCAGAAGAAAGGGAUGAUGACCACCUGUCUAUCGUCACACUGGAGGAGGCCCCGUUUGUCAUCGUGGAGGAUGUAGACCCCCUCAGUGGCACCUGCAUGAGGAACACGGUUCCCUGCAGAAAACAGCUCAAAGCCCAAAACCAAACAGGAGAUUCAGGGAUCUAUAUCAAGCGCUGUUGCAAGGGCUUCUGCAUAGACAUCCUCAAAAAGAUCGCUAAAUCUGUGAAGUUCACCUACGACCUCUACCUAGUGACCAACGGGAAACACGGCAAGAAGAUCAAUGGCACGUGGAACGGCAUGGUGGGCGAGGUGGUGUUAAAGAACGCUCACAUGGCAGUGGGCUCUCUGACCAUCAAUGAGGAGAGGUCAGAGGUCAUUGACUUCUCCGUUCCCUUCAUAGAGACGGGCAUUAGUGUCAUGGUCUCACGUAGCAAUGGCACCGUGUCUCCUUCUGCAUUUCUAGAGCCGUUCAGUGCUGAUGUGUGGGUGAUGAUGUUUGUGAUGCUGCUGAUCGUAUCUGCCGUCGCUGUCUUUGUCUUCGAGUACUUCAGUCCGGUCGGCUAUAACCGAUGUCUGGCGGAUGGACGAGAGCCAGGUGGUCCCUCGUUCACAAUUGGAAAGGCCAUAUGGCUGCUCUGGGGUCUAGUCUUCAACAACUCUGUGCCUGUACAAAACCCCAAAGGCACCACCAGUAAGAUAAUGGUAUCAGUGUGGGCCUUCUUCGCUGUCAUCUUCCUGGCCAGUUACACUGCCAACCUGGCUGCCUUCAUGAUCCAAGAGGAGUAUGUUGACCAGGUGUCUGGCCUCAGCGAUAAGAAGUUCCAACGGCCAAAUGACUUUUCUCCGCCGUUCCGUUUUGGCACGGUUCCCAAUGGUAGCACGGAGAGGAACAUUAGGAACAACUACAAAGAGAUGCACAGCUACAUGACCAGCUUCCACCAGAAAAAUGUAGACGAGGCCCUCCAGAGCCUGAAAACUGGAAAAUUGGAUGCAUUUAUCUAUGACGCUGCUGUGUUGAACUAUAUGGCGGGCAGAGAUGAGGGCUGCAAGCUUGUGACAAUCGGUAGUGGUUACAUCUUCGCGACCACAGGCUACGGUAUCGCCAUCCAGAAAGAUGCGGGUUGGAAGAGACCUGUGGAUCUUGCCAUUCUGCAGCUGUUUGGAGAUGGUGAGAUGGAGGAGCUGGAGGCAUUAUGGUUGACUGGGAUUUGUCACAACGAGAAGAACGAGGUGAUGAGCAGCCAGCUGGAUGUCGACAACAUGGCCGGUGUCUUCUACAUGCUGGGGGCGGCUAUGGCGUUGUCACUCAUCACCUUCAUAGCUGAGCACCUGUUCUACUGGCAGCUACGCUUCUGCUUCAUGGGCGUGUGUUCGGGCAAGCCCGGCAUCACCUUCUCUAUUAGCAGGGGCAUCUACAGCUGCAUCCAUGGAGUUCAGAUCGAGGAGAACAAAUCAGGCCUCAACUCUCCGUCAGCCACGAUGAACAUGAACAUGAACAACACCCACUCCAAUAUUCUUCGCUUGCUGCGCACAGCCAAGAACAUGACCUCUGUGCCUGGGGUCAAUGGCUCCCCCCACAGUGCCCUGGACUAUGGUCACCGUGAGUCGACUGUCUAUGACAUCAGUGAGCAUCGACGCAGUCUGGCAGGCCACAGUGACUGUAAGCCCCCACCUCCAUAUCUGCCAGAAGAUAAUAUGUUCAGCGACUAUGUGAGUGAUGUGGAGAGGACUUUUGGGAACAUGCACCUGAAGGAUAGUAACCUGUACCAAGAUCAUUACCUGCACCACCAUGGGGGCACGGGAUCUGGACUGGCUCUGGGUAUGUCGGGUCCCUUGCCUAACCGUCCUCGUAGCUUAGGCAGUGCCAGCUCAUUGGAGGGAGGGAUGUAUGAUUGUGACAGUUUAGGUGGAGGGGUAGCGCCUAUUUUCACCACCCAGCCCCGCCAGUCACUGACGCACAGGAACAGGGAAAAGUUUGACUUGAUUGCAGGUCACCCCACUCAGUCAAGCUUCAAGUCUGGCCUGCCUGAUCUGUAUGGAAAGUUUUCCUUCAAAGGUGGGGCAUCCAGUUCAGGGUUUAUUGCGGGACAUGACAGGUACUGUGGGGGAGGAGGGGCGGGCUCGGGAGGGGAUGACGGAAAUAUCCGUUCUGAUGUGUCAGAUAUUUCCACUCACACCGUGACCUAUGGAAAUCUUGAGGGCAACGCUAAGCGACGCAAGCAGUACAGAGACAGCCUGAAAAAAAGGCCAGCAUCUGCCAAGUCACGCCGGGAGCAGGAUGAAAUUGAGCUGGGCUUCCGGAGGCGCACCCACCACACCAUCCACCACCACCACCACCAUCAUCCUGUUACACAAGGGCACCGUUCGGCUACCCCACCUGUGGAACGCAAGAGCCUGAGAGGGGGCAACACCUCAUACAUGUUCCGUGACAAAGAUAAUCUGAGGGACUUCUACAUUGACCAGUUCCGAUCCAAGCAAGGGGCAUCCCAAUGGGAGCACUUGGAUUUGAGUGACACUCCUGGAAUGGGUGGCGGAGGGGGUCUGGGUGGGGGCGGAUGUGGCGGCAUAGUCAGCGCUGGUGGUGGCGGGGGAGCGUGCACUAGUUUGGUUCCUGUGGACGAUUUCUUGAAAGGUAAAUCCAAGAAGACAGAGUGUAAGGGUGGAGUGGGAGGAUCUCCUGGGCAGCAGGGCCAUGCAUGCUGGGAAAAGAACAUUGGAGGGGUGGGGGGGUUGGCCGGAGGGGAUUGGGAAUGCCGUAACUGCCAUAGCGGAGGCAACAAGCCCGUUUGCAUGCAUGGGGGAGGAGGGGGUGUAGGGGGAUCAAGUGGAGGAGGUGGGAGUAGUGGACAAGCCUCCAGCCGGCCAAGCUCAGCUACUUGCAAGCGAUGUGAUUCAUGCAAGAAGCCAGGCAACUUAUAUGACAUCAGUGAGGACAACCACCUCCUCCUGGAUCAGAUAGGGGGCAAGUUUCCCCUGGAAGGUGGGAAGGGAGGUGGUGGAGGUGAAGGUGGAGGGGCCCAAACCCAGGUGCAGAGGCGUAAGUUUGGCCCAGGGGGCAGGGUGUUGCGUAGGCAGCAUUCCUAUGACACAUUUGUAGACCUGCAGAAAGAAGGGGCGGGUAGGAUGGGAGGCUCUGGAGGGUUUGGAGGAGCAUCUAUGCUUCCUCAACCCCGGAGCGUGAGUCUGAAAGACAAAGAUCGCUACAUGGAAGGUGCAAGCCCAUAUGCCCAAAUGUUUGAGCGGUAUAUGGGAGGGGAGCAGGAGACUACGUUUAUUAGUGGUGGGGACCGGGGGAAAGGAGGUGGCUCUUCGUUUAACUUAUUCCGUGGGGGUGAGGGUGGGUUGCACCGUCGCUCAGUAGGCGAGAGAGACAUGAGGGACAGGGAUAGAGGCAUGAUGGGAGGAGGUAUGGGAGGUACCCGAGGGGUUGGGACUUACUCCUUGUCUAAAUCUCUCUACCCAGAUAAGGUGAACCAGAACCCAUUCAUCCCAACCUUCGGCGAUGACCAGUGCCUAUUACAUGGCGCCAAAUCGUACUACAUCAAAAAGCAGCAGGCACAGCCGCAGCAGCAACAGACGCAACAGCAGCAACAGCUCCUCAACAACAACAACCGGGCAGACUUCCGCGGCUCCAUGGGGGUGACUUCUUAUUUGCCAGCCUCUGCCUCUGCCGGGGUUUUGUCCAACGUGGGACCCCGUUUUCCCAAGGAGCUGUGCCUGGGUGGGCCCCUCAGCAACCACCAUGGAGGGGCAGCAGGCAACAACAAGCUGCUGUCAGCAAGGGACGGGUUAGGGAUGGGGCAAGGACAGAGACCUUUCAAUGGCUCAAGUAAUGGACAUGUAUACGAGAAGCUCUCCAGCAUUGAAUCUGAUGUCUGAUGUUUAAGUUCAAGUGAGAGACAGAGGCAAAAAGAGAGAAACGAAAAGAGUGAAAUGAAAAUUCAAAAACAAGGAGGCAGCAGACUAAGGUAAUAACCAACAGAUCAUGUCCACGUUGUAAUUUCACUUUCAAAACCAAGAAAGCAAGCAAGAAGAACUGUGAUCUAUGCUUGACGUAUGCGGACGUAGCACUGUUGGAGCACUGUAAAUAGAGAGAAGGGACCUGCUGACAAGACUAAAGCUCAGACUAGAUAGUCACAACCUCAGUAUAUCCCUCGAUUUUAUCCUCUCUUCUUUUUAUUAUCCCUUCUAUUUUUCUGCUCCUUAUACCAAAACACAAUGUCUGAUUCAGCUUAGGUGCAGAUAUCUGGUACAAUCGUGAAGAGAAAUCAGUUAUUGUCUAGAAACAACAGGGUAAACCUUACAAUAAUUGUAUUGAUGAUGUUAACAAUAAUAUUAUUAGAUAUGAUUAUAAUGUUUAUGAUGUUCAGUUUGGGAUUGAUUUCUGUAUGUUAUAUGCCGUAAUAUCUUUGUAUCUCUGCCUACAACUCUUUGUUAGCAUACUACUUUGCAGAGAAUUCUUAUUUCAUCAUGGGGUUGUCAUUUGAUCCUAUAUGUCAACUGAUCUUGCAUUGUCUUACAUCACCAUGCCAUUUUGCCCUGAUCUGGAACUCCAGGACCGCCAGGGACAAUGCCAUGCUGGAAAAAAAUGUAGACAAACUUGUUUUCCUUUCAGCUUUAUUUACUAUUGAUUAUUCAUGUUUAUUUCAUUUAUCGAGUGCUGUAAUAUUAUAUGUAAAAGGCAUGAUUUGCAGUUGCAGUACUUCAGUUGUACUCGAGAUAUUGUGCUGAAAGACAAUUAUUAUGAUCUCUUUUUAUGGCUUUACAAUUUUUAUAAUGUUGCAUUAAUGUCAAUAGAGCGUUGGUUUAGUACACAGCACAUUACGUGCCUUAGCAGGAGUCCCAGAAUUCUAAUUAUACAGGUCAUGUUGCUAUGGCAACCUUCUGGUCACUGCACACAGAUUGGUCAUUCGAUGAAUAUCCAUGAUUCUGGAUCAUCACUUGCGAUAAAGAAUCGCAAUGUCCAAUUACGUGCAGAGACACAACACAAUCAUAAUUUGUAUGAUUGUGCAGCGUGGAUGUAAAUUCAGAAUUAUUGUUUCACAAAAUUAGUUUUGAACUGAAUUUGCACAGGUCCAUGUGAAACCUGUUCUGUAGAUUGCAUUAAUUAGUGCAUUUAUUAGACUUUAAUCUGACAAGAGAACUUCCUGGGAUGUCUUAUAUAUUUGAAUUGAGCUGCAGGGUGUUAAGUUCAAAUACUGGACAAAACAAACAUCAUAAUCAAUUAAUUAUUUUUUGCCACCAUCGGUUUUCAAUUCAUUUUCCCCCCUUUCUUUUUUGUGCACCCUAAGUCAAGAAUGAGAUGGGUGUUACAGGAUAUUACGAAAGAGCUUCGCCUUGGCAUCAGCUUGUAUUUUAUAAGUGUAAAUAUUCCUUUUUUUUUUCCACAGUGUACAGUGAGAAUACAGCAAAGAUGUAACUAGAAAUGUGUUUUACUAAAUUAGAUAUGAUAAAUUAGAAUAUUUGCACAAUUCAACCUGGCCAAAAAAUUGUGAAUUCAGAAAGCAUCGUAAUUCUAAUGAUACAAAUGUUAUUGAAUUCUUUAUAAUCAGCACAAGUUUUCUCAGACAGCACUAGCAGAGUAGUCUUUCUUGCUUAUAUAACCGUUAAAUAAUUGCUGUUCUGUUACCCGAUUUUUUUUUAUUUUUAAUUCAUUCAAUUCACAUAUGUUGCUGUGAAACGAACUAAUUAAAUUGACGUCUUCUUAAUCAUUUAGCACUAUUAAUCCAACCGCCCCCUCGGACAACCAGCAAUAGUCUCUACAUAGUCAUGAUUACUGCCUACAUAGAAAAUUUGUCUAGUGUUUUGGAUCGGACAAAUAUUACACUUUCUAACAAGCCAAUUAUUUAGCAAGAUUAACCAGUAAACUUAGUCAUUUAGUUGUAUAGUCACUAGUCUCUGCCAUAUUUACUUUUUUAUUCCCACCAAUGAACAUACACACUUUGCUGGUGGUCCCAGAAAUCCAAUUCUUUUCCCAUAUACCUAUAUCGCUCUAUAAGAGUUUUUGUGUGUGAAAUAUACAUUUUCUUUAAUCACGUUUUAUAACCAUACUAUCAGCCAAACAGAUCUCCAAUUCAAGCACAAUGUUUAUAUUAAUAAUUGCUGUGUAAAUAUCUAUUUUGUGGACUUUAUGAAAACGCCACUUUUAUCGCCACACUUGCUCAUUUUUUUGCUAAGUGUGUGAGAGUUUGUGAAACUGUGAGUACAUUGUGAGAUACAUGCAUGCAUCUUUCUUUCUAUUUUGCAUUCCAGCUUUUAGAUUAUGUAUAAUUCAAAGACCACGUUUAGUGUUUUUCUUUUUUCUUUGUGUGUGUGUACAGAAAUGUGUCCUUCUUUUGCUUAACUUGUACCAGUUAGUGGCACACAGAGUUCAGACUGAUAUAUAUAUAUAUAUAUAUAUAUAUAUAUAUAUAUAUAUAUAUAUAUAUAUAUAUAUAUAUAUAUAUAUAUAUAUAUAAUAGAAAUGAAUGGAAGUUUGACAGAAAGCAUUAUCAUGUCCUCAGCCCAAAAUUCUGAAUCAUGUUGGGUUCUAACUUGAGAACAAGUUUAUUUUCAUUCUUGUGUUCAUAGGGCUAAAAUCUUAACCUAUCAUUGCAAAAAAAAAAAAAAGAAAAAAAGAUAUUUGCAUGUUUGACCCUUGGCAAAAUGUGUUUUUCUUUUAAGCGUGGUCUCUUUUUUUCUUAUCGAAGGUGCACUUUUCCUCGAGUCAAGUGUGUUCCUCAAAUGACUGAUAUUUUGCAGGUUCGGUGUACAAUUAUGCAGUGUGGCCACUUCUUCUGUCACUCUUGAUGUUUUAUGUGGGAUGGAUUCGAUAGCACAGGACAGAGGAAAUCUGUGUGUGUGGGUGAAAGUGGAAAAGAGAACGUCUAUCAGAAAGGAAGUCACACAGGCUAACUCGUAAGCUAUGGGGUUAGCAGUCCUAUGGAACGUAAUGAAUAGGCUGUCAAAAUUCCUUAUUUUAGUGCGAAAUUGAGCUGGCAAGAAAUAGGGUUCGCCUUUGCUCUUCCUCAGAAACAGCUGCAGUUCUUCCUGUAACGUAGCCUAUAGUUUGGACUCGCACCAAUUCACUGGAGGCUCUGUGAUAGCAGAGUUGCUCGCUGCAUGUAGGUGGAGAUCAUGAGAGACAAUGGCAGGAGUGUACACAUGAGAGAGCGAAAGAUAGUAGCCUACAUUUCAUUUUUUUUGCACUCUGUUAUCAUUUUCACUCAUGUAUAGGAUUCUUGGGAGUUGGCUGUUGCACAAAGAGAGUGCAACGUUGUUAUUGAGCGUAGGCUUAUCAGUUCUUGUUUUCCAUUCGCUCCUGAAAUCCCUCCUCUGCUAUUGUAUGUCACAGGUAUUUGUAGAAUACAUGAGCCUGAAAUCAUGCUUGAUUACCUCUGUGUGUGGGUAUGUGUGAGACGCACUGCACAUGCGUUGAAGAUCUGCUGUAAAUAACUAAGACCCCUUUUCCAUAAAUUUUUUAAUAUAUGGAAGAUACAGAUAAUAAGAUGGGGUAAUUUGGCGUACACUUUUGUUCAGAAGGUUUUCUAACCACCAUAGAAGUAUAGCAACAUCAUGUGACCAAGGGUAGACCCGAUAUUGGAAGGAUUAAAACGUACGCCUUUGUUGUCUUUCAUAUAAAUUGAUAUUUCUAAUUCUCUUUUUUCCUUGGUUUUUCGACAGUUCUUUUAAAUGUUACUGACAAACGACUAAAAUGUACAGAUUGUGUAAAUAUGACCAAAUGGUUUCUCUUAAUCCAUUUUUUUGUAUAGAGAGAGAUUACCUGUGUUUAAGAUUACAAUAAUAAUUUAACGGGAAAUUUCACAAUACUUAAGCUAUUGAGAAUACAGACACAGUAUGUGUGAAAUAUAAGUGCUAAGAUAUAUUCUUCUGUCUCUUUGUACAAAACAGUGUUGACAAUAAAUAAAAGGGAGAAAUCCCACGUUUG